AUGGCGACGGAAAAUGGAACCAAGCCUGAGCAGGCCGUGAGCAACGAGAACUCUACCCCAGACGGAGCAGAGGGCCAGAACAAGGAUGAACAGAUCACCGUCUUCCAUGACCCUGUUAACUUCAACGUUAAGCACCCUCUCAUGAACGAAUGGACUCUGUGGUUCACAAAGCCUCCAAGUGGCAAGGGCGACAACUGGAAUGACCUUCUUAAAGAAGUUGUCACUUUCAACUCCGUCGAAGAGUUCUGGGGCAUCUAUAAUAACAUCGCGCCUACCUCUCAGCUAGGCCUAAAGUCAGACUACCAUCUGUUUAAGAAGGGUGUCAGACCAGAAUGGGAGGACCAACAGAACAAACAUGGCGGCAAAUGGUCGUACUCGUUUAAAUUCACCAAGGACAGAAACCAAGUUCCAAUCGAUGAGCUCUGGCUUCAUGCCCAACUUACAGUUAUCGGAGAAACAUUGGAAAACGAUGGUGACAAUGAAGUCAUGGGUGUUGUGGUCAACGUACGCAAGGCCUUUUACAGAAUCGGUCUAUGGACCAGAACUGUCGGAAAGGCGACCAACGACGGACGUACGUCAGAGCAGGGACAGAAGGUUCUUUUGGCUAUUGGUAAACGGUUCAAGGAAGUUCUUAAGUUGAAGGAGAAUGAGCUUCUCGAAUUUUCGGGUCACACCGAGAGUGCCAAUGCGGGAAGCACCCGUGCUAGAGCCAAAUAUACGGUCUGA